GUUUCUCACGCCUGUUCACAUUCAUGCUUUCACAAUGUUGCAUACGGCGGCGGCGAGUACAGUCAUGAAACUCAUUUUGUGGGUAUCUCUCAACUCCAAAUAUCAUAGCCUGUCUAACUUGUGGAUUGCAGCUUUAUGCUUUUAUGUGUCGUGAAUAUCAUUCAUGCUCAACACGUUGAUCCGAGCCAGAACCGGUCUGUCACUUGUCGCCCAUUUGGCGCAUGUGAACCAUGUCCAUUAGAUGCUCUUCAUGAACCCUUCUGUCAUCCAUUCGGCAAUCGUCAACUCAUGCAUUGUUCGAACACGACCAUACCUACACCAAGACCUGAUGAACCAUACCCUAUAUCUCCACCCCCGGGAGCUCUCGGAGAGACUCCUGCAUGGCAGCCUUGUGGUCGUGUUCCCGCACAAGAGCGUGCUGAUUUUUACGAAUUCGUGGCGUGCAACCUGUUUUUCGCUACUGUCGCCAUAGCCGUAUCCCUGUUUCGAUCUCGAAGAAUCGAAGCAAACCAAGCUAGACGUCUUGCUGUACGAAUAGGGCUUGUUAGAGGUGGUGGAUAGGGUCUUGGUCGAGAAUUCGCCUCAAGGUAGCCUGUUUGGUUUCAUAUUCAUGGCUAAGGGGGAG